AGAGAGAGAAGGUGGAGCAGAGAGGUUAGUGUCCAUGCUCUCUUUUCUUCCCCACUACUGUUUUCACAAACCAACACAUUUUUGUGGUUUUUAAUAACAAGAAUAGACCAACCAACAUAUUCCCAGAUAAACUACAUUUUCUUCACUUUUUCCAUCUACUGAUACCAAUCUUGUGACAUUUUCUGUCUUUUAUGUCAAGAUUAUUUCUUCACUUCUGAAACUACAAUAAAAUAAAUAUAGUUUUUCUUUUAUAAAAGUUGAACUCAAGAUUACUUUCUUUUCCCCAUUCUUUUGUAUCUUUAAAGAUAUUGGCAUAGAAAAGGCAGAGUUGAAUUUUGAAGACUAAUUGGGAGCCAUUUUCUUCCAAUUAACUUUCAUGCAAAUUUGUUUAACGACAGUUGACCUCAUUAUCUUUCUUCUUUACCUAUAAACUCCCCAAUCCUCGUGCUCUAGCAUCUCCAAAUCCACUCGCGUAUACACAAUCACGUAGAGAGAGAAAGCUGGGAGUUCUCUUGCCUGGAGAGAGAGAAAAACAGUUCUAAAAUGGGCAAUUCAUUUGGGUGCUCCGCCUCUGGAGAGAGAUUGGUGUCGGCUGCAAGAGAUGGAGAUUUUGUGGAGGCGAAGAUUCUUUUGGAGUGGAAUCCAUGCCUUGCAAAGUACUCAACUUUUGGUGGCUUGAAUUCCCCUCUUCAUUUUGCUGCUGCUAAAGGCCACAAUGAGAUUGUGGCAUUGUUGUUGGAGAAUGGAGCUGAUGUAAAUUCGAGAAAUUACUGUGGGCAGACAGCUUUAAUGCAAGCAUGCCGAUAUGGACACUGGGAAGUUGUUCAAACUCUUAUUCUUUUCAAAUGCAAUGUUACUAGAGCAGAUUAUCUGAGUGGGAGGACUGCUCUCCAUUUUGCAGCCGUCAAUGGACACGUGCGAUGUAUGAGAUUAGUGGUUGCUGAUUUUGUUCCGAGUGCUCCUUAUGAUUCUUUGGAUGUUCAAACAAUAAGUGAUGGUUCCAGUACUAAAACAAAGUUCGACCAGAGUGCUCUCUCCAAGUUCGUAAACAAGGCUGCUGAUGGUGGUAUUACUGCACUUCAUAUGUCUGCCUUAAAUGGAUACUUAGACUGUGUGCAGCUCCUUCUUAACCUUCAUGCAAAUGUAUCAGCGGUCACAUUCCAUUAUGGAACAUCAAUGGAUUUGAUAGGGGCUGGAAGCACUCCUUUGCACUAUGCUGCUUGUGGUGGAAAUCUAAAAUGCUGCCAGAUCCUUCUUGCAAGAGGUGCUAGUCGUUUAGCAUUAAACUGCAACGGUUGGCUUCCACUUGAUGUUGCAAGGAUGUGGGGCCGCCAUUGGCUUGAGCCGCUGCUCAACCCUAAUUCAGAUCUGCCAAUCCCAACGUUUCCUCCUUCUAAUUAUUUAUCGUUGCCACUCAUGAGCGUGCUAAAUAUAGCAAGAGACUACGGGUUGCAACCAUCAGCUAGUGCUUAUGAUGAUGCUGAAAUUUGUGCUGUCUGCUUGGAGAGACCAUGUAUUAUAGCUGCUGAAGGUUGUGGGCAUGAACUCUGCGUAAGAUGUGCUCUGUACCUUUGCUCAACCAGCAACAUUCCUUCAGAAUCAUCAACGCCACCCGGUUCGAUCCCCUGCCCACUCUGUCGACAUGGCAUUGUAUCUUUCGUCAAGUUGCCUGGCUCUUCAACCAAGGAGUUCAAACUACCGUUAUCGCUCAGCUUGUGCACACCCUGCGUGCUUCACCACCACCGGGAAGAAGAUGAAUCCGAAGCUGCUGGCUCGCCAGAUACGAGAAAGAGACGCUCAGACUCUGUUUCAUCCGAUAUUUCCUGCCCCGUGACCUGCAGCCCAUUUCCUUCCCUUGUGCUGCCUCUGUGCACGUGCAACGAGGGACCCUGCCCCAGAUUCGAUUCAGGAGAAAACGAUCCCCAACAACGCUCACCCUCGAACGAGCAGGGGAAAACGGAAGGAAUGAGAUUGGAGAAAACUACAUGUUCAAGCAUGUUCUGGGGUAGGAGAAGCUGCAGCAGGGAGCAUCAGUGCAAUGCUGAAAUCAAUGCUUUAGAAACGUAGGAGCUUGUGUAAAUCUCAUAAUAGCCGCAGAUUGGUUUGACUACAAUUCAUUACUUUUUCAAAGUCUUGUUUCAUCAAAUUUUAUUCUAGAUUUCAUAUGUUAA